AUGUUAGUCACGCACGAUGGAUCGUUUAAGAAACGUAAAUUAAGCGAAGAAUUGCCUGAUCCUUAUAAUGCUCAUAGAGUUGAUGUUGAGGAAUUGCCUGGUCCGAGUAUCAAUCCUCCUAAUGUUGAGGUGAGUGCGAGUAAAAAUGCUAACGUGCGAUCAAAAAAUAUUAUCCGACAAUAUCACGAAAGCUAUUUAUCAUUUGGUUUCACGUCGAGUGGUGAAGAAAUGCCUAUACCUCAAUGCCUCAUGUGUAGUGAAAAAUUAUCUAAUGAAAGUAUGGUACCAAGUAAGCUGAAAAGGCACCUGCUUACAAAACAUGGUUUUGCGUCUGAAAAGCCUCUAGAUUUUUUCAAAAGGUUAGCCUCAGAUCAAAACAGACAGGCUUCAAAGUUUAUAAAACAUUCAACUGUAUCAGAUAAGGCACAGGAAGCUAGCUAUGCUGUCGCGGAACUGAUAACAAAAAAAAUGAAAUCUCACACAACAGCAGAGUCGACCAUUUUACCAGCAUGCUGUGAAAUCGUUAAAAUUUUGUUUGGUGAAGAUUUUGAAAAAGAAGUUAGGAAAAUUCCGCUAUCUAAUAACACUGUCCAAAGGCGUAUUGAAGACAUGUCUAAAGAUGUUGAAUUCCACGUGAAUGAAAAACUUAAAGCAGCUGAAUUGUUUGCUCUUCAAUUAGAUGAGUCUACAGAUGUAACCGGAAAACCUCAGGUCAUGACAUUCGUAAGAUUUAUAUGCGAUAAUGAGUUGAUAGAACAAUUUUUAUUUUGUAAAGACCUUCCUGAAACUACAAGAGGACAAAACAUUUUUAAUUUGGUUAACAAUUAUUUUACCACUGCCAAUAUAUCAUGGAAGUUUUGUUUGAGUGUUUGUACAGAUGAGUGCCCUCCAAUGAUUGGUCAUUUAACAUGUUUUUUGGCAUUAGUUAAAAAAGAAAACCCGGGUAUUAUUUUCACUCACUGCUUCAUACACAGAGAAGCUCUCGUUGCUAAAUCUUUGAUGCCUGAGCUCAAUGAAGUAUUGCAAACUGUUGUCAAAAUGGUAAACUUCAUUAAAAGUAAACCUUUGAAAUCAAGAUUAUUUAAUCAAUUGUGUUCUGCUAUGGACAGUGAGCACACCCAGCUUUUGUUUCACACAGAAGUAAGAUGGCUAUCUCGUGGAAGUGUCCUACAAAGAUUUUAUGAACUUAGAGAAGAGUUACUAUUGUUUUUUACUUGUGAAGAAUCAAAACAUGCUGAUUUUCUCAGUGAUGAUUCCUGGUGUGCCAAAGUAGCCUUUCUAGCAGAUAUAUUUGAAAAACUGAAUUACUUAAACAAGAGCAUGCAAGGAAAGCAAGAGAACAUUUUAACAUCUACAGAUAAGAUCAGUUCUUUUCAACAGAAGUUGUUACUAUGGAUUUCAAAAAUUGAAAAACAGACAAAUUGGGAUAUGUUCGAUCUUGUCAAGAACUGUCACGUUAAUUCAGAUCUUACAAACUUAAUUUUAAAAACUCUACAUUUGCUUUAUGAAAAUAUAAAAAAGUAUUUUCCGUCUUUGGAUGUCUCAUCAAUGGACUGGGUGAGAAAUCCUUUCAUUGACUCAGCAUAUGAGACUGCAUUGUUUACCACUGAUGAAGAAAGUGAAUUGAUUGAUAUAAAAAAUGACCGUGGUCUUAAGCUACAGUACUCUAAAUUAGUUGAAGAUAUUGCGAGAGAGUCAAAGUUAAAAAAAAUUGCAUGA